AUGAGACUGCCCAGCAUCUUGGGCGCGCUUGUCUUCGUGUCUCUGGUCGCCUCGGACCCGUUCGAUCGGAAACCCCUCUCCUACGCACCAAAGCCGGACGGCACGUACGUGCCGCCGAAGGCACCGGGAGUAACCACGCUCUGGGACUUUGUCAAGUCCAGAAGCGACUUGACCGAGCUGGCGACAGUCCUAAACGGUUCCGCAGGUUUCACCGAGGCGUUCGACACCGCUCCGACGUGGGACUUCACCUUCUUCGCCCCCUCCAACGACGCCUUCACGAAGCACACGGGCCAAUACUUCAACACCUUCACGGCGACGCCCAAGGGGAAGUGGUGGCUCGGGAACCUCGUGCAGCACCACUACGUGCCCAACACGCAGCUCGACACGAGCCUUUUCAACGAGACCGCGACGCGGAUCCAGACGGGGUCGUACUUGUACGUCGGCACGCGGGUCAAGGACGGGAAAUUGUGGCUGAACGACGUCGCGACUGUCACGGAGGGGAACUUGAGAGUCACCAAGGGCGUCGUGCACAUCAUCGACCGCAUCUUGGAUCCCUCCGCGCAGGUCUUCGAAGCCGACCGACCCAAGGCCGGUCAAAAGUUCAUCGCCGGGAGCUCAAUCAUGGCGAACAAGGUGCUGAUGGCCUACGUCGUGGCCGACAUCAUCUUCGCCAUCACCGGAGCCCUCCUUCUCGGUUACUCCGUCAUCAACCAGAACACCCUCAACGAUAUACCGAAAGAAGGCGUAGAGGCCGCUACGAAAUUGCUCACCAAGCAGUUUCCUCUGACCGCCGGUAUCGCGAAUGCCGUCUUCAUUUUCGUCACUUUCCUCUUCACCAUCCCGGGCAUGAUCACCCCCGCCCGCGGCUGGCUCAAGCUCUCAGGCUACCUCGUCACCUUCUGCGGCCUCUUCAGUCUCGUCGUCGGUACCUACCUCUGGGUCCUGACCCUCACGACCAAGGCCGAUUUUGGCAAGCUCUGGAUUGCCGCCGAUCCCAGCGUUCAAGAACUAAUGCAGACUGCCUUCCAAUGCUGCGGAUACUUCAACAGCACGUCUCCCGCCUUCAUCACCGACGUCCAGUGCCCCAGUCCCGCUGCCGCUGCCCUCCAGCGCGGUUGCGCCACCCCGAUCACGAGUUUCGCCAACGUCUUCGUCGACAACAUUUUCACCGGCGUGUACGGAAUGGUCGCCGUCGACGCCCUCCUCGUCGUGUGUACCGCCAUGCUCCUCAAGGACCGCAAGGAGCGCGAACGCUACCGCCACAUCGACGAGAAGGCCGGCUACCGUGGAUUCUAA